AUGACUCAGUCAGCGCUGCCUGAUGAUAUUCUGCAUCUCCUAUGCGAAGAGCUUGCGAAUCAAGAACAGUUCGACACACUCUUCAACUAUCUCAUCAUCUCGCUCCUGUUCGAGGUGGAGGAGAAGAUCUCUAUGGCUUACCAGCUGCCACCAAGCUUCUCACGAUCCAAAAAUGACUUUCGGGAUCUGGGAUAUCUCCUCGAUGACGACCAAUUCCGUGCGAAAGUUUCCAAGCAGUUCUUCUCCGGACCGUUGAAGCAGUUCGAGAAGACUGAGACAGGGACGAACAUCAAAGGCAGAAAGUAUACUCGGAUAAAGACAGCGGAUAUCAUCGACGCGAUUGGUGAAGUGGUCACACAGCAUACCCCAACCCUGGAGAUCAUCAGCGGUGAACUCCAGCCUGGUGCUCUGGUACGAUGGACGCCCCGGCUUCCUCGACUACAGAGCCUUGAGCUGUGGGACGGAAAGCCGCUAGAAGACGAACUGGUUCAUGCAUCUAUCUACGACCACUGUCCGCAGUUCAAAUCUCUUAUGAUCUAUACCUGGGUCUCAGAAGACAAUGAUCACAAGUUCGCCAAAUUCCUCUCCUCUAUGCGACCGAACACGCUCCAAACACUCCAAACCAUCAGCGACGUCAAGGCCGGUGCCGAGACACUACUAGCUCUCAAUCACCAUGGAAACUCAUUAGAAGAUCUGAGACUGUGCGUUUCGAACGAGUCAAUACCGCACCUCUCGCUACUACAAGGAUGUACGGCUUUAAGAACGCUACGCAUUGAGGACAUACAUGGUACUGUAGACUUAGAAGCGACAGAACAUGACGUCUUCCUCGAGACGACUGCCUGGUUACGCAAAUGUUCAGAUCUACAACGCCUCAGCUUCUCGAAAAUGCAAUCCGGAGCCGCACUCAUCACGCCCGUACUGCUCGAAGAGAAGAUACAACUCAGCAGUCUAGAGAUAGACUCGUACACGCUAAAAGAUCACAAGACGUUCCAUCAGGCUCUCGUACACCAGCAGUCUUCUUUGAAGGUGCUCUUCCUGAGUGGCGAUACCGAUGGCAUGUUUCGAGAUGAUCUGGAUACUCUCGUGGACUCUUUGAAGCAAUUGACAGAGCUGCGAGAUCUGCACCUUAUCCUUCCGGAGGUGUUGCGGGAUGAACAUCUCGUCACCAUUCUCGCUGAGCUCACACUACUGGAGGAUUUGUACGUAAGCGGCCUGGAGCUCAACGACAUUGUGCUUCCUCACCUCGCCAGCUUGCCCAAUCUACGUACCGUUACCAUCUCCGGUAUAUCCAAAUUCACCAUGGAUGGUCUCCUGGAUUUUGUAUCGAGACUCGGCCCGGGUAAUCAGGCCAUUCGUCUCUCGAUAGAUAUGGCAGACACAGAUACGCUGCUCUCGGAAGAGGAGUUGACGCUGGUGAGGGACAACCUUGCGGAGAAGGCUGGUGGUACGUUGGAGUACAUGGCGCUUCGAGAUCCGAAUGUUCCGGAGUUCGAAAGCGACUCCGACUGA